AUAUAUUUGAUAAUUUCCAUUUAUAGUUAGACCUAGUUUUUUUUAAUUCAAUAUAAUCAAGAUGUUGGAAGCAGCGUCCCAGGCACUAGAUGCUCUGAAAAAUAGUUUUCCGUUUGCUUUUUUUGCUUUCGUUCCAUUGGUCUUCAUUGUCGUAUCUCCGUCCGCCGUGAAUGCAGCACAUGAGUUUACAGUUUAUCGGAUGCAACAGUAUGAUUUACAAAGCAAAUCAUAUGGUUGUCGCAACUCAUUAGUAAAUAUGGAAGCAAGAACCCUUUCAUCAGGAAAUUCACUUGCAAGGAAAUGUGUUGUCGUACAUGCUCGAGAUAUGACAUACGAACGAUAUAUGGAAGCUGUAGAAAGGGCAAUGGGGGCAUUGCUAAUAGUAUUGCCACAAAAUGGUACAACAGAAGACAUGAAGCAUUUUAUGGCAUUGGAAAAAGAACUUUUAGAAGAGCAGACAAACGUUCCAAUAUAUUUUGCUCACGAAGAUGAAAAUUUGGACAGUUUGAUGUAUGAUGUUCAGAAAUCAACUUCUGAUGAUGCAGAGAGUGCAUUGGAAGCUCUUCUUAACUCCGCAACGUCAGUUGGUUACCAGCUUGUAACCAGUGGAGGACAAAGCAAACCUCAGUUUGAUCAUAGCAUUGUUAAUAUUCAGGGAUAUUUACCGGGGUUAGGAAAGGAAGAUCAACUUCCUACUAUAGCAAUUGUUGCACACUAUGAUUCUUAUGGAAUUGCACCGUAUUUGUCAUAUGGAGCAAAUUCUGAUGCAUCUGGUGUGGUAGCUGUUAUUGAACUGUCGAGAAUACUGAGUAAAUUAUACAGUAAUUUGAGAACCCAUCCCAAGCACAAUAUACUGUUUCUUCUCUCUGGUGGUGGGAAGUUUAAUUAUCAAGGCACUAAGCGCUGGAUUGAAGAUGCUUUAGAUAACCCUACUGCUGGAUCGGAAACUAUAUCCAACCUUCUUUCUAACGUAAACGUAGUUCUCUGUCUCGAUUCUCUCGCUAGCAAAGCAGGUCAUCUUCAUAUGCAUGUAUCCAAACCACCUAAAGAUGGAUCACACACCCAUGACAUGUACACACAAAUAGAAAAGGCUUCUGCCCUUGAACAUGCAACCAACACUACCUUGAUACACAAGAAAAUUCGAUUGUCUGCUGACACUCUCGCUUGGGAACAUGAACGAUAUUCAAUCAGGCGUCUUCCUGCUGUCACAUUGUCAUCUCUGGAAUCUUUUGAUGAGACAGCUAGGUUUUCAGUUAUGGAUCAACGUGGCACUGUAAAUGACGAUACACUGAUGCAAAACAUUCGAAUCAUUAACGAAGCCGUGUUGAGAUAUAUUUACAAUGUUCCUACUGAUAAUGAAGAUCGAAUAUCCCAUGGUGAUUAUGAAGUACAUAAUGAAUAUGUUUCAACCUGGUUAGAUUAUCUUGCUUCACAACCAAGACCCGAGCAAGACAUGCAUGAGAAGCAUCCUGUUGUUACAUCGUUAGAAUCUGUCUUUCAAAAACAUUUGAAAAAUGUACAAAAAGUCUCGUUCAAGGCAGAUAAAAGGGAUCCGGAAUUCGUUUUGUACGAUGGAUUACAAAGACAAAUGAGUGCUUCUAUGGUGCGAUCAGCUGUUUUUGAUCUCUACCUCAGUGUAAUCAUUGCCUCAUAUGUCACCCUUGUCUUUUUCGCCAUCUCGAAAUUCUCCGUUGUUCGAGGAAUGGCAACAAAGCUGAGCAACUUUCAAAAGAUAAAAACGUCAUAAAAUGCUGUAAAGUUUGACCAAAUUGAACUUUUUAAAAGACUUAUUUUCGUGAGUGCUAUCGAGCUGACUAGAACAAUUAGAUUUGAUCAAAAUAGUAUGACUCGUGACUAUUUGUAUGAUAGAUGACUCAUGACUUUUUAAAGGAUUGCUUCAUCUGACAUUCACCAGAAAAAAAAA